AUGGGAGUCAAGGGACUAAAUCAAUUGAUUAAAGAGCAUUCUCCUGCAUCUUUCAAAGAAUUUCAACUUAAAAAUCUUUUCGGUAGAAAAGUUGCCAUUGAUGCAUCAAUGUGUUUAUAUCAAUUUUUAAUAGCAGUUAGACAAACAGAUGGUCAACAAUUAACUAAUGAAGAAGGAGAAACAACAUCACAUUUAUCUGGAUUAUUUUAUAGAACAAUAAGAUUAGUUGAAAAUAAUAUAAAACCUGUUUAUGUAUUUGAUGGUAAACCACCAGUUUUAAAAGGAGGAGAAUUGGAAAAACGGUUAUUAAAAAGAGAAGAAGCUCAAAAACAAAUGGAUCAAAUUAAAGAUGAUGGUACAGUUGCAGAAGUUAUGAAAUUUGAAAAAAGAUUAGUUAGAGUAAGUAGAGAUCAAAAUGAUGAAGCUAAAAAAUUAUUAAAUUUAAUGGGAAUACCAAUUGUAAAUGCUCCAUGUGAAGCAGAAGCUCAAUGUGCUGAAUUAGCUAGAGGUGGGAAAGUAUUUGCUGCUGCAUCUGAAGAUAUGGAUACUUUAUGUUAUGAACCUCCUCAAUUAUUAAGACAUUUAACAUUUGCAGAAGCAAGAAAAAUGCCAAUUGAUCAAAUUACAUAUAAAGAAGCAAUUGAAGGAUUAGAUAUGACAAAAGAACAAUUUAUUGAUUUAUGUAUAUUAUUAGGUUGUGAUUAUUGUGAAACUAUAAAAGGAGUUGGACCAGUAACAGCUUAUAAAUUAAUAAAAGAACAUGGUUCAUUAGAUAAUAUUGUUAAAUUUAUAAAUGAAAAUCCUGAAAAAACAAAAUUUAAAGUACCAGAAAAUUGGCCAUAUGAUGAAGCAAGACAAUUAUUUUUGAAACCUGAAGUUACAAACGCAAAAGAAAUUGAAUUAAAAUGGAAAGAACCUGAUUUAGAUGGAUUAAUUGAAUAUAUGGUAAAACAAAAGGGAUUUAGUGAAGAUAGAAUUAGAAGUGGAGCUGAAAAAUUAAAAAAAGGUUUAAAAGGUGGUGUUCAAGGUAGAUUAGAUGGUUUUUUUACAGUUGUUAAACCUGCCAACAAAGAUGAUAAAAAUGAUAAAACAGAUAAUAAAAAAAGAAAAGCUAAUGAUAAAAAGGGAAGUUCUGCUUCCAAAAAGAAGAAAAAAUAA